CGCCCCAAAUCUAGCAAAGCUUUGGGGGAAACGAGGAGGUGAGGAGACUGCAUUGACUGUCACGGCUUACCGAGCGAAUCGGAGGAUGGAUUUCCGAGCUUCCGUUGUCAGCGACGUUAACUCAGACAAAGAGAAACCUCCUUCCUAUCCUGUUGCCACCACCUCGCAGAAGCACAAGAACUUUGUGGUGGAGCCCAUGAAGGAGAAGUCGGUGAGGGAGCUGGCUGGGAUCGGCCUGGUCCUGGGAGGACGGCUGGAAGAGAAGGGCUUUUGCAAGGCCAAGGAUGUUCUGGGCCAGUUCUUGCUGCUGAAACAGGACAAGACGGCAUUCAAGAGUUGGCUGAGACAGGUCUGCUUCGCCGGCAACCGGCAGUCGGAGGACUGUUACCGCUGUCUACGGGAGUGGUGCGAUGCGUUUCUCUGAAGAGGGGGGGGGGAGGGGAGAGAGCGGGAGCGAGAGAGAGAGAGACACACACGCACACACACAUACACACACAAUUGAGAGCCUUGUCUCCCCCUGAGAUUUUAUUGAUCGUCGGAUCGGAGAGAGACCCCCCCCCCGGGUCACCACGAGGGAAGUUGGUCAGAUUUUAUGCUGUUCUAAACUGAUUUAUUAAUAAACCUAGUAAACAAUUACGGGCGGCGUCGUCGUUC